UCUUCCCUGUCGUCGUCCUCAUCCCUCUCUUUCCACCCGAAAUCCAUUCCUUUCUAUGCCGCCGCCGCAGCCGGUGCCCUAACUUCGGGGGUUGCCGUCGCGGCAUAUCUCCACCACACUCCGCGAUCGACCGAUGACCUUAAGCAGUCAUGGAUCAACCAGCUCUACGCAGAGCUGGAGCAAAACCUAGAAAAGUACAAGGGUGCAAGCCACCGCUUGCUCGACCGGAUGGUACAAACCGGAGCCGCCGCAACGGUUCUGUGGAAAUCGUUGGCGUCCGUUCUGUCGUCGGCGAAUCAGGAGGUCCGAUCAGGGUUCGAGCUCCGCGUAGCUGCGCUGCUGGCUGAUAUUGCCUGGGGGGGCCCGCCGGUCUGCUAUCGUCGGAGCUGGUGGCGGAGCGGUAGUGGAUUGGCUGUUGGAGAGUGUUGCCGUGCCGCGGAAUGGAGGGGAUCAUGGCGGGACGCAGUCGGAGUCUGCAAGGGCUCUGGCUCAUCUGAUUGUUGACCCAGAUGUGCGCGAGAAGGUGCUUGGGCGGCCACAUGCUAUACCUAAUCUCCUCAGAUUCAUCUUCUCUUUCCAGCCUAAGCGGCAGAAUAAGCAAUUUAGGCACACAUCAUUUGAGGGAGCUGAUCUUGGGAGGGGAAAAAGCAUGCUUGUUGCUGCCCUGAUGGACAUAGUCACAUCGAACUGUGAUAAUGUAGAUAACUCAAUGCAGAAGCUAUCUCUACCUGUAGAUGCUGACAUAAGAGAUAUCGCUGCAGCCCUCGAAGUCAUCGAGGAGGGUGGAGUGCAUUUUGCUGAUAGUAAUGGCAACGAGGAUGGUGGUGACGGCGAUCCUGGAAUCGAGGGAAUUGCAAUUAAGAUUCUAGGCGGUACAACCAUUUUAGGGUUCUCGAGGACAAAUGAGCGCUUGAGUUUGGGAGGAAGGGAUGACAUUUUAGAUUCAACCAUGUUUCUGACUGGAAAUGUCGAGUUCCCGGAAAGUACCAGUAAUUUGCCAAAAUUGGAGGCUGUAGUUUCCUCAGCUGUUCCCGGUCUCUGGGAUGAUCUGCAGCGGGAGUACGUGGCCGUACCUUUUGCUGCAUGGGCUCUUGCGAAUUGGGCUCUGGCUUCUCAGCGUAAUCGCUCCUACAUUCAAGAACUCGAUAGAAAUGGACAUGCUGUAAUGAAUGCACUGACAGCGGCGGAAAGAACCGUGAAAUGGCACGGAAGUUUGAUAGCUCGUGCACUCUUGUCCGACUAUGACUUGCCGUUGACUUUUUCUAUUCCUGAGUGGAGUGAAAGUCUUCUUUCAACUGCUUUUCAGGCUAGUAAAGUUGAAGAUGCUACGUUGGCACAAAUAGCUCUGUCAGCUUUUCUUGCUUCUGUUGAGAGGAGUGAUGAGGCGAAGACUUAUGUGAAUGAUAGAGGCCUCAAUCUGCUGAGGGAAAUAUCAAGCAAGUCCGGGGAAAAUAAGAAUUUGCAGGAAGCAUUGGUGAGGGUCUUAGAAUUAUUGUAUGAUGGUAAUGUGCACUUAUCUUUUGAUGACAGUCAGAAGUGGUCUGGAAUUCUUCUGCGGUGGGUUUUUCAGAAAAGUUCGUCCGCAAGUAUACGUUCAUCAGCAAUAAAAAUACUUUCAUAUAUUCUUGAAGACCAUGGGCCUAAUUCCAUACCAAUUUCUCAGGGAUGGUUAGCUAUCAUGCUCAGUGAUAUUCUUGGAGCCAGCAAGGCAGCAUCUUCGAAAGGAAGUCUUACGCCAAAGUCUGAUAAAGUGAAGAGUAAAUUUGAGCAGUCCAAUGUCCUUUUAGCUGCUCAAGUGGUGAAUCAGUUAGCUACUUGUGUUAUCAGACAAUCAAAGUGCAAGUGGGAAUCUGAACCUGCUUCUACAGAUCUACCUCUUGCUGAUUUUCUUUCUCUUGAACCAUUUGCCACACUAUCCAAAAACCAAAAGGGACGUAAUCAACAUAAGCUUUUUGCUGCUGAUUUAGCUUUUGCCACGCUAAAGGGUAUCAAAACAUUCACGGAGCUCUGCUCGGAGGAUUUUGAAUGCCAAAAAAAAUUAGUAGAUUUUGGAAUUCUUUGCCUGCUUAAACGCUUACUUGUGGGAGAUGAUUACGAAAAACUUGCAGCAAAUGAAACAUAUGAUGCUUCAAGAGCCAUGGAAUCACAAGACCGGCCCUCAACUGUUACUGUUGACCAGCCAGCCUCAGAUUCUAAUGAUUCUUCUAGCGUUCGAGUUCCCCCUGCUGCACACAUACGCAGACAUGCUGCACAGCUUCUCACAGUCCUCUCUCUUCUCCCAAAUGUGAAAGGUUCCAUUGCUCAAGAUGAGAUGUGGUGCCAAUGGCUUGAGAGUUGUGCAAGUCAGAGGAUUCCUUGUUGCUCUGAUCUAAAAAUUCAGAGCUAUGCUAGGGCAACUCUGUUGAAUAUAUUUUGCUCUGAGACUAUUGGAAAACAGUCUUUAAUAGAAGAAACUAAGGAGGGCCGAUCAGCAUGUGCUCAAUAUAAAGAUAUGCUUUUUUUGAUUAGUCCUGAUCUUUCACAUUGGAAAUGUUCCAAAAUGAAUGCUUUGGUUGACCCAUCGAAUAAAAGGGAAUCCAGUUUUUCUGCUGCUUCGUCAAGUGGUGAUGCAGAUGGAUAUUGUUCAAAUCAGAGUUGUGAAAAUUCUGGCUGUGUUAGCCGGGCAGAUGUAGCUUCACAUGGGGAAUCCCCUUUGAUCGAUGUUGUUUUUGUUCAUGGUUUACGUGGUGGGCCAUUUAAGUCCUGGCGUAUGGCAGAUGACAAGGUCUCAACCACGAGUAAAGCGGGACUGGUAGAGCAUAUAGAUAGAGAAGCCGGGAAAGAGGGAACGUUUUGGCCAGGCGAAUGGCUGUCGGCUGAUUUUCCACAAGCAAGACUUUUUACUCUAAGAUAUAAGACAAAACUAACUCAGUGGACGGGAGCUAGCUUGCCUCUCCAGGAAGUUAGCACCAUGUUGCUGGAUAGGCUUCUCGCUGCGGGGAUAGGGGAUCGUCCUAUUGUUUUUGUGACUCAUAGCAUGGGAGGCCUAGUUGUGAAGCAAAUGCUGUAUCAAGCCAAACUGAAUAAGCUCAAUAAGUUUCUUGAUAACACUGUUGGAAUUAUCUUUUAUAGCUGCCCGCAUUUUGGUAGCAAACUUGCAGAUAUGCCUUGGCGUAUGGGCCUAAUACUGCGUCCAGCACCGUCGAUUGGAGAACUUAGAAGUGGAUCCCCAAGGCUGGUAGAGCUGAAUGAUUUUAUUCGUAAUCUUCACAAUAAAGGAUAUCUUGAGGUUCUUAGCUUCACUGAGACCCAAGUUACCCCAAUUGUUGAAGGUUACGGUGGAUGGGCCUUUCGGCUGGAAAUUGUACCAAUGGAAUCUGCCUACCCUGGGUUUGGUGAACUUGUUGUGUUGGACGGAACGGAUCAUAUAAAUUCAUGCAAGCCUGUCAAUCGAACCGACCCAUCAUACGCAGAGACACUCGAGUUCCUGAAGAAAUUAAAAGCUCGUCUUACUUAGCUUUUUCCAUUUCAGCCUAGAUUUGACGUAAGGGUGCAUCUCAAGAAUUCAGGAAUUGCCAUUUUACAAUAUUGGUGGAGCAUCCUUAGAAAUCUUAAUUUAUUGAUCUGCAACAAGUUGAGAAGCUGUUGAUUUGAGCUAUCGCGCGUGGAGGUGAAAAAGCUGUUUGUAGAGUUCAGAGAUUCGAACCAUUUAAAAAGAAUCUCUCCCACACAUACACAAAUUUUCUGUUUUUUCAACAUAGCAUUGUUGUAUAGAAAUAUUUGCAUAGAAGAAACAGCUUCAUUCAUGGCUAUUUUCUUGGAGACAGCCCAGAAAUCAAGAUGCCUGGAUAUUUGCCAGACAAAGCAGGUAUGCUUUGCUAGCUCAGAAGAAAUAAGAAGAUUUUUAAUGUUAUUUUAUUAUUAUUAUCAUUAUUAUAUCUGAAAUGCAGUUUUUUCCUGUAUAUGUUAGUAUGUGUUGUUUGUUUCAUGCUAGAUUUUAUUUAUUAUUUUAAUG